ACGUUCAGUAGAAGAAAAGUGAAAUGUAAAGUUACAUUCUUGUUGUUACAUGACGCAGUGCAUCUCAAUGAUAUGUAUGUGUGUGUAAAAUUCAUUCUUUGUUUUUAUAUGCACUUUGUUUUCAUACCUUAACCUAAAUUUUUAUAAAAUAUUUACAUGGCAACGUACAAAUAAUUAAUUUUUAUUAGUGUAAGUAGUUGUAAUACACAUUGUUAUCGCUUUUGCAACAAGGCAAGGUCAAUUGAAAGUGACGCGAUAAAUACGUUCCAGCAGAGCAUUCUGUCGUAAAAAUAGUAUACGAUCUGCAGUCGGCCGGUGACAUUGUACGUGCACGCUCAAUCACGUAACCUCACUCAUUCAUAGUAAAAAUCGUGUUUUAAGUAAAUAAACAAUGUCGCUUUUUAGUGAUGUUAAAGUCGCGCCGCCGAUUGAAGUUUUUGCAUUGAAUAAAGGAUUCGCUAGUGAUACUUGCCCAGACAAAUGCAACUUGGGAGUUGGAGCCUACAGAACCGAAGAAGGAAAACCAUGGGUUUUACCCGUUGUUAGAGAUGCUGAAAUUAAAAUCGCCAAAGAACUAACAACAAAUCACGAAUAUCUUCCUGUCCUGGGUACUGAUGGUUUUACUUCUGCCUCCACUAGAUUACUUCUCGGUGAAGAUAAUAUCGCAUUCGAACAAAAAAGGGUAUGUGGAAUUCAAACCUUAUCUGGAACCGGCGCGUUGAGAAUAGGUGCUGAAUUUUUAGCCAAAGUCCUUGGUAGAACAACAUUUUAUUUUUCUAAACCGACUUGGGAAAACCACCGUCAAGUAUUCUUGAAUGCAGGGUUUACAACACCAAAAGAAUAUCGUUAUUGGGACCCAGUGCAGAAAAACGUAGACAUUGAUGGAUUCUUAGAAGAUUUAAAUAAUGCCCCAGAAAACUCUGUAAUUAUAUUGCAUUGUUGUGCUCAUAAUCCCACUGGCUGUGAUCCAACAAAGGAGCAAUGGCAGAAAAUUUUAGAUGUAGUCAAGAAGCGCAAACUUUUCCCAUUUUUUGACUCUGCAUAUCAAGGAUUUGCUUCAGGUGAUCCUGAGGCUGAUUCAUGGCCUGUAAGAUAUGCCGUGAGUGAAGGAUUUGAAUUAUUUUGUGCACAAUCGUAUGCGAAAAACUUUGGAUUGUACAAUGAGCGUGUGGGUAAUUUGACUAUUGUCACGCACAAUGAAGAAGUUCUAACUCCAAUGAAAUCCCAGUUUACAAUUCUAAUUCGUGCUAUGUAUUCUACGCCCCCGAACCAUGGAUCACAAAUUGUUAGUUUAGUUUUAAAUGAUCCAUCCCUUAGAAACGAGUGGCUGGAAUGUAUCAAAACAAUGUCAUCUCGUAUUAUAUUGAUGAGAAAGGAGUUGAAGAGGCAUCUAACCGAAUUAAAAACGCCGGGAACAUGGGAUCACAUAACACAACAAAUUGGAAUGUUCUCUUAUACUGGUUUAAAUGAGAAGCAAGUGGAACACCUGAUACAAAAACAUCACAUAUAUUUAUUAAAAAGUGGUAGAAUAAAUAUGUGCGGAAUUAAUUCUAAUAAUGUUGCAUAUGUAGCAAGGGCAAUUGAUGACGCCGUUAGGUCUGUUAGUGGUGUUUCAUCGCCUUUGUAAAAAAUUGUUAAAGAAAUUGUUAUGUAUUUAUUUUUGUAUUUUUCUACUUAAAUGGCUAGAUUAUUCUGUAGUUUUGAAUACUGUUAUAUAGACCAAGAAUAUUCAUACUCAU